GAAAACCCCAAAAAUAAUUCACUACAAUUAUUCUCACCACUUUUUGAGUACAAAUUAAGGCAGAAAUCGUAUUACAACCCAUUAUACUAUCAAUCAAUAAUACACCGAAGUUCAAGUGAGCAUUGUUCAUCGCAAUCAUUUGUAUAGCAACAAGGCCCAUACGAAACCAAGCUUCCCUACCCACGAAAACAAGCUCCGAUUGCCCCGCGCACCUCAACUGCGAAGAUGGACCACGACGAUUUCGCCAAUAUUGAAUGGCAGAACAGUCAAAGAGGGCAUUCGCAAAGUGAUGACGAAGGAGAAGGACCAGAUACGAACAGGAAAAGUGGUGAAAUACAAGCUGGCCCAAAUGCAGAUCCUCUUGAUCUAGCGGGCAUCGGGGAAGGGGUUCUAGAGUGUACAGUUGGAUCACCUAUCAAGGAGAAUGAUGGGACUAAAGAUGCAUUUGUUUCAUAUCUUGUUACUACGCAUACUACGUUUCCUUCUUUUCAAAAGCCUACGACGACGGUUCGAAGACGAUUUACGGAUUUUGUGUUUUUAUACAAUACUCUUUUUAGGGAAUAUCCAGCAUGUGCUGUUCCUCCUCUACCAGAUAAGCAUAAGAUGGAAUAUGUCCGAGGCGAUCGAUUCGGGGUCGAUUUCAUGCAAAGACGAGCCAACUCUCUCGCGCGUUUCCUUACCCGGCUCACUCUUCACCCUGUCCUCCGUCGUAGCGCCCUUUUGAUAAUCUUCCUGGAAAGUUCGGACUGGAAUGCGACAAUGAGGUCGCGCCCUUCUCGAGGGGCUUCUCGAGAUGAACAAGCUGCAGGAGUCUUUGACAAUUUCACGGAUACAUUUAUAAAUGCCUUUACCAAAGUCCAUAAACCCGAUCAACGGUUCAUAGAAGUCAAGGGAAAAUCCGACAAAUUGGAUGAAGAUCUUGGACACAUUGAAAAGAUUGUUGCUCGAGUAGCUCGCCGUGAAGGCGAUUUGGAAACAGAUUAUAGAGAUCUAGCCGAACAAUUUCAGCGUUUAAUCAACCUUGAGCCCGAAAUUGAAACCAGUAUUCACGGAUUCAGCGCUAGUGUGGAAGACACCAGUGCGGGAAUCAAAACAUUGAAGGAGCAUACAGAUCAAAAUUAUCUCGGAAGUUUGAGGGAUAUGCAGGCUUAUAGUACGGCGGUCAAGAACUUGUUAAAAACUCGUGAACAGAAACAACUCGAUUUUGAGCAGUUAACGGAGUAUCUUGCAAAAUCCACCAAUGAUCGGGAUCAACUAGCCUCAUCUCAUGGUUCUGGAGCCCUGACUGGAGCGGGCGGGUUCAUUCGUUCGAAGAUUGAAGAUGUGAGAGGAGUUGAUCAUGAACAAUCUCGCCGAGAAAGAUUACGGAGAUUGGAACUGAGGAUAGAAGAAUUGACAAAGGAAGUAGAAGAUGCGAAGAAAACGACGGAAGCUUUCGAUGAGGAGGUUGUGAGAGAAGUGGCGGAUUUUGAGAGAAUCAAGAGAGUUGAGUUUAGGAGUCAACUAGGUGCUUUGGCGGAUGUACAUAGGGAUUUCUAUGACGGAGUUGCGAGGAUUUGGGAGGGCUAUGUUAAGGAAAUGGGGAGUGAUCUGGUGGUUGGGGAAGUGGAGGCUUAGGGUGGGAGUAAAGAGAUGUUAAAAUGAGGGAAGAGACGUGAAGGGUGGAAAUAAGGAAGUAACGCAAUGAGGUAAUGCAACAGGAAGAAAGUAGAUGGAUCAGUGGCUGUUUGUCUUGUCUUGUCUCGUCUUAUCUGAUGGGAAUAAAUUUUCGGAUUGAUUGAUUGAUUGAUUUAUUGAUUGAUUGCAAUAAAGUACCAACCUAGGCGUUUUAUGGUUUUGGAGCAUGCGAUUCUCAUCGUGGAGAAAGAAUGGAGAUGGUGGGGAUGGGAUGAUGGUUAGGGAUAUGAUUAUGAAUGGGUCGUUUACGUUAUGCGUUUAGGUAGACGAGAAUAAUGAUAUAUACAUACCA